AUGGCGACCACCAAUACCUCAGCGCCGAAUGCAACUACAGCCACUUUCGACCACGCUGCGAAUGGCAACGAAAAACUGAGCCCCGGGAUUGCUGCUGGCAGCGUGCCGCCCUCUUCAGGACGUUCAUCAGGACAGCAAAAGGACGAAGAGGUUCUUCCCGCAGGCCUGUUCCACCAACCUACCCACCACGAAGUCGACAUUGAAGACUACUUUCGAGGUCCACGCGACGUCAAUCGACACUCGAAAUGGCCAUCAUUCAUGCGGAUGCAUGGGAGUAUCCUUCCUAAGAUGAUUGUGCCACUGAGCUUCGUGGCGGGUUGGGCUACUCUCAUCGUUUGCGUGUCACGGCUUGUGCACCCCAUCGAAAUCCAAAGCACUUUGCUCACCGUCCUUGGUUUUGUUGUCGGUCUCGCGCUUAGCUUUCGAUCGACCACCGCAUACGAACGUUUCUCAGAAGGACGCAGAUACUGGUCGAUGCUUAUCCUCACUUCCCGAAAUCUGGCGCGCCUGAUCUGGGUCCAUACUAGGGAACGCCAUGAUGUAUCGCCUGACUUAGGGAAGUCCGAUCUGCUGGCAAAGCUGGCUGCACUUCAGCUUCUCAAUGCUUUCGCUGUGUCACUCAAGCAUCGGCUACGAUUCGAGCCGUCCACGGAUUAUCCUGAUCUGGCACCUCUUGUCGUCAAUCUGCGGACUCUUGCUGGUGAAGCAGAUCAGACACAUCUACAUCAGCGAAAGCAUUCCCGCGUCAAAUCGAUCGGACAAUACCUUGGCAUCCCAAUGGCAGAGUCGAACCCGCGUAAGCUACUCAAGAAAUCCAAGGAGAACCUGGGCAACACACCUUUGGAAAUACUCACCUACCUUUCAGCUUACGCGGAGGAAAUCAUGCAAAACAAGACCCUCAGCAUUGGCUGCCAGCAGUCUCAAAUCAUGACCUUACUGGCAACCAUGACCGACGUCCUCACCAACGUCGAGCGCGUCGUCAAUACCCCACUCCCAGUCGCCUACUCCAUCAGCAUCGCUCAAAUCACCUGGGCAUAUGUCCUAGCACUUCCCUUCCAACUCGUCACCUACCUCGACUGGGUCGCCAUCCCCGGCACCAUCAUCGCCGGCUACAUCAUCCUCGGCCUUGCCCAAAUCGGCCGCGAGCUCGAGAACCCGUUCGGCAUGGAUGUCAACGAUCUACCUCUGGACCAGUACUGCAGCGAGCUCGCCAACGACAUUGACGCGCUCACCAGCAUGCCCGCGCCCCUUAAUGUGGAAGCCUGGACCCGGGAGCGUGGUUCAAAAGUUCUGUGGCCUCUCAGUCAGAUGGAGUACAAGGCGUGGCAGAACAAGACUGUGCCGGAGAUCAGAGCGGCGCUUAGAGCGAAAGCUGCGAGUCGGGACGUUAAGAAGGACCGCAUGAACACUUUCGUCGAGAGCGUGGGGUUGACGAGUAGUGUAUGA